AUGCUGUCCACUCUCCGAGUCGCCAGUCGCCGGGUUGCCCGUCCCGCCCAGUACAACCUGGCUGCCAUUCGCGCUGCCUCCAAUUGGGCCAACGUCCCUCAGGGUCCUCCUGACGCUAUUCUUGGUAUUACUGAAGCUUUCAAGGCCGACAAGUUCGACAAGAAGAUCAACUUGGGUGUUGGUGCCUACCGCGAUGACGCUGGCAAGCCCUACGUCCUCCCCUCCGUUCGCGAGGCCGAGCAGAAGGUCGUCGAGUCCAAGCUGAACAAGGAGUAUGCCGGCAUUACUGGUGUUCCUGAGUUCCCUCCUGCCGCCGCAAAGCUGGCCUAUGGUGCCAACAACCCCGCCUUGGACCGCAUCACUAUCACUCAGACCAUCUCUGGCACCGGUGCCCUCCGUGUCGGCGCUGCCUUCCUUGCCAAGUUCUUCCCUGGCGAGAAGAAGAUCUACAUUCCUCAGCCUUCGUGGGCUAAUCACAAGGCUGUUUUCAACCACGCCGGCCUCGAGGUUGAGCAGUAUCGCUACUAUGACAAGAAGACCAUCGGACUCGAUUUCGAGGGUCUGAUCGCCGACGUCAAGUCUGCUCCCAACGGCAGUGUCUUCCUUUUCCACGCAUGUGCUCACAACCCCACUGGUGUUGACCCCAGCCAGGAGCAGUGGAAGCAGAUCUCCGAUGUUGUCAAGGACAAGGGUCACUUUGCCUUUUUCGACAUGGCUUACCAAGGAUUUGCCAGUGGUGACACUGACAAGGACGCUUUCGCCGUUCGCCAUUUCGUUGAGCAGGGCCACAACAUUGCUCUUUGCCAAUCUUUCGCCAAAAACAUGGGUCUUUAUGGUGAGCGUGUUGGUGCUUUCUCCAUGGUCUGUGCCGACGCCGACGAGAAGAAGCGCGUCGAUUCCCAGCUCAAGAUUCUCAUCCGACCUCUGUACUCCAACCCUCCCAUCCACGGUGCUCGCAUCGCCUCCGAGAUCCUCAACAGCCCUACCCUCUACAAGCAGUGGCUUGGCGAAGUUAAGCAGAUGGCUGACCGUAUCAUCACCAUGCGUGCUCUCCUCAAGGAGAACCUUGAGAAGCUUGGCUCUAAGCACGACUGGUCCCACAUCACCAGUCAAAUUGGUAUGUUCGCAUACACUGGUCUGACUGCUGAGGAGAUGACCCGUCUUGCCGAGGAGUUCUCUGUCUAUGCCACCAAGGACGGCCGUAUCUCCGUUGCUGGUAUCACUUCUGAGAAUGUUGGCCGUCUCGCUGAGGCCAUUUACAAGGUUAAGGGUUAA